AUGGUCUCCAAUGUUGGAGUGGUGGGCCGUACCGGUGCUGGCAAGUCCUCCCUUGUUCUCGCGCUUCUGCGCAUGCUCAAGCCUUCCGAAGGCCAGAUCCUCAUCGACGGCGUCAACAUCGCCAACGUGCCACUUCGCAAGCUACGCAGGAGCAUCACAGUCAUCCCGCAGGACCCAAGCCUUGUGAGAGGGACGUUGCGAACAAACCUGGACCCUACAAAUUCUCACUCUGAUGCGGAAAUCUGGGAAGCCUUGACACGGUCCCACCUUUCUGACGUCGUGUCGUCUAACCCGAGAGGGCUCCUUUUGGAGACUACUGAUGGCGGCACAAAUCUCAGUGUGGGCCAGCGGCAGCUGGUGUGCCUGGCGCGGGCCCUCCUGCGUCAAUCCAAGGUACUGCUGCUGGACGAGGCCACAUCACAGAUGGACGGUGACACAGACCGUCUGAUCCAGGCCACCCUCAGGGACGCCUUCGCCAACUGCACCCUUCUCACCAUCGCGCAUCGUAUCCACACUGUCCUGGACUACGACAGGAUUCUUGUGUUAGAAGAAGGGAAAGUCAGAGAAUUCGACUCCGUGACCACGCUUCUCUCUGACACAUCAUCUGCAUUGUACUGCAUGGCUGCGGAAGCUGGCAUCCGUGGUGCAGUAAACAGAACGGACCUGAUCACUGCUACAUUGUGA